GGCGAGCCGGCGCAGGCCCAGGGUAUCUGUGUAAAAUUUGUAAAAGAAUACCAAUUCUGCAUUCUCUCCCUGUAAUUUGAAGAAGAAUGUCUAUUUUUAACUCAGGAUUGAGUGUCCAGAAACAUGUAUCAAGAAAGUGAGCAUGGGAAAUGGACCAUAUCUAGCAGUGAUGAAAGUAUGGAAGAAAAUGCUGACGCUGAGAAGCCGUCUACAUCUUCAUUGUCUCGUAGUGGACAUGGUAAAACAAGUGGACCACAGUAUCCAUGUUCAGAAGCCAGAAAUGUUGCUCAUAAGAGAAAAGUCUCCCCUACGAAAUGUACUGAUAAAAGUAUUUCUACGGAGAUUUCACCAGCAAAAAAACAGAGAACUUCCCAAGAGGGUUUAGGCUGGUGCCUUUCAAGUAGUGAUGAGGAUCCUGAAUCUGAAAAUCAGCCAAAAUAUUCACAAAAAGUAGUCAAAGAGGAGGAACCACAAAUCAUUGUACCUGAAAAGCAGUUUCUACGUAGAUGUGAAGAUAAUGAGCUCUCAGUGAGCCAAAAACCAGAAGAACAUUAUAAUGUAGCAAGUAAAGGCCAGGACACUUGGGAUUUAUUGAAUGAAGGGAACCCUUUCAGAUUCUUUGUCACUAAAGUCAGAGGUAUUAAGUCUAAGUACAAUUCUGGAGCACUUCACAUAAAAGAUAUUUUGUCUCCUCUUUUUGGGACUCUUGUAUCUUCUGCUCAAUUUAACUAUUGUAUAGAUGUGAAAUGGCUCAUAAGACAGUAUCCACCAGAAUUCAGGAAAAAACCAUUAUUAAUAGUACACGGUGAAAAGCGAGAAUCCAAGGCUGAGCUGCAUGCGCAGGCACACCAAUAUGAAAAUGUUCGCCUUUGCCAGGCAAAGCUGGACAUUGCGUUUGGAACCCACCACACGAAAAUGAUGUUGUUAUUAUAUGAAGAAGGUCUUCGAGUGGUGAUACAUACAUCAAAUCUUAUUGAUGAUGAUUGGGACCAGAAAACUCAGGGAAUAUGGCUAAGCCCCCUAUAUUCACGGCUACCACAUGGGACUACUGGUUCUGCUGGUGAAUCUUUAACCAAUUUUAAGUCUGACCUAAUAAAUUAUUUGAUGUCUUAUAAUUCCCCUACUCUCAAGGAAUGGGCUGACAUCAUCCAAGAGCAUGAUCUUUCAGAGACUAGAGUAUAUCUGCUUGGAUCCACACCAGGACGAUACCAAGGCAACCAAAAAGAAAAAUGGGGUCAUCUUAGGCUUAGAAAGCUUUUGAAAGAGUAUACAUCACAAAUUCCAGCACAAGAAUCUUGGCCAGUGAUAGGACAGUUUUCAAGUAUUGGAUCAAUGGGAGCGGACCAGUCCAAGUGGUUGUGUUCAGAAUUUCAAGAAAGCCUGGUUACUUUAGGCAGUAACACGAAGACUCUAGCAAAACCUGAUGUUCCUAUUCAUUUGAUUUACCCUACUGUGGACAAUGUGAGGCAAAGUUUGGAAGGCUAUCCUGCUGGUGGCUCUCUUCCAUACAGUAUACAAACUGCACAGAAGCAACUUUGGCUGCACUCUUAUUUCCACAAAUGGUCAGCAGAAGCCUCAGGCCGCAGUCAUGCUAUGCCACACAUUAAGACUUACAUGAGGCCAUCUCCUGACUUCCAGAAGAUUGCAUGGUUUUUAGUCACAAGUGCCAAUCUUUCUAAAGCUGCUUGGGGAGCUCUGGAGAAAAACGGUACCCAAUUGAUGAUUCGUUCAUAUGAGCUUGGAGUCCUUUUCCUGCCAUCAGCAUUUGGAUUGGAUACAGGUUACUUCCAUGUGAAGACGAAAAUGUUUUCAGGAAGUAAUGAGCCUAUGACAUCUUUUCCUGUGCCUUAUGAUCUGCCCCCAGAACAGUAUGGAAGCAAAGAUCGCCCAUGGAUUUGGAAUAUUCCUUAUACCAAAGCACCUGAUACACAUGGAAACAUGUGGGUUCCAUCAUAAAAGCUUCAAACCUACUGUGGGAUAUCAGGAUUUGACACUGAACCUAUUACCAUAGCUGUGAAACUAAUUGUUUCUGAUUUUAAGAUGUGGCAUUUCACUGAGUAACUAACGUCUUACGUCAUAUGUCAAUAACAUUGAAGUAUUAUUUGGGGGAGGAGAGGAAGGAUGAAUCCUGGGAGAAUAUGUAGCCAUAUAGAUCUUUAUGGACUUCCUAAACAUUUAAAACUGUAAUUUUAAAAUACCAUUUUAUAUAUUCCUAGUGUAGUAGCCAUUGCAUUUUGGAACAUAUUAAAAUGACAAUAUAAGCUAUGAUCAGAGGUUUCUACUGUUCUUAGCCAGAAUAUAUUCAAAUGUGUUCGUAUUCUUUUUGGACUGUUUUGGGGCCCCUCUUGAUCAUAGUAAGAGAUGUGUAUGUAUAUUUGAACUUAGAAAAUGAAUAAAAGGAAAUUUUGUUACAUUUUUCAUCAACAUGUUACCAGCCCUUUGCUUUCACCUCUUUGAUAAUUAUUGUCCUCUCUUGUGAGAGCUUAACAGAGUUGGAUUCAUUUCCUCCCCAUUUCUUCUCUGAAGUCCAAAUCCUAUAUAAAAGCAAGUAGCUGGAUUUGAGUGCUAUGAGGCCACAUGCAACACAGCUGUUCUCCAGUCUGAAGCCCAACAGUACAGUGCAGUUCUUCCUGAAUAAGCUCCAUCAGAUGCCAACCAAAUCUUUCAGGAUAGCUGUUUCAGUGCUGCCAUUUAGACAUUGAGGUCCCUUUUGGAGGAGAAAGUUGCAGAGUGAACAGGGGAAUUAAAGCUACUUUUAAUAGCAAUAAUGUAAUGUUCCCUUUUCUGCAGAUCCAAAAGAGAAGUUUCUAUAUAAGCCCUCCCCCCCAUGUUCAAGCCCUGUUUUAAUACAUAAAAUUAUGCAGGAAAAACAUCCACUUAAUGAAAACAAACAAAAAUUAAACAGAAAAUCAAUCAAGUACCAAGUGGACAACCCUAUAAACUGUUAUUCCUGUCUUUCUUGCCCUUCCUAUUGUCUUGUUUCUUUUUCAUUAUUCUCAAUGUCAUUCUGAGAUGUGUUACUAAUAGUGUUGUAAGAAAGACACAAGAAGUAAUUCUUCCUCUCUACGCUGC